CAUCAAUAUUCAUCAAAACCCAACAAAAUCUCUUUCUUUUUCUCUCCUUUUGAUCGAUCAUGGAAUUCAGAACCUUAGAUCUCAACAUAUUAUCCGCAAAAGAUCUCAAAGAUGUUAAUCUCUUCUCCAAGAUGGACGUAUUCGCCGUCGUUUCAAUCGCUGGCGAUCCUCUCAACCCACAAACCGCCACCACCCACACCCACCGUGACGGCGGAAAAAACCCCACCUGGAACUACCCCGUCAAAUUCACCGUCAACGAAUCUCUCGCAAAUCAGAAUCGUCUCUCUCUUGAGGUCAAACUUAUCUCCGAUCGUACCCUUUCCGGCAAUACCGUCAUCGGAACCGUCCAUAUCCCUCUCAAAGAACUCCUCGACAACCCCGCCGGAGAUUCUUAUCGGCAAGUUAGUUACCAGGUUGUAAAAUCCUCAGGAAAACCCCAAGGUACCUUAAACCUCUCAUACAAAUUCGGUGAACGCGUUGAAGCUCCGGCGAUUAAGCCGGCAACAAAAACGGCGGCGAAACAAGAACCAGUCAUGGCUUAUCCUCCUCCAGGAGCGGCGGCGGGCUCUAGUUCGGUGCCAUACGGUACUCCGGCAUAUCCUCCGCCGCAACAUGGGGCGUAUCCUCCACCGGCGGCGGCUUAUGGUGGUUACCCACCAACUCAACCGGGUUAUGGAUAUCCUCCUCAACAAGCAGGUUAUGGAUAUCCGCCUCAGCAAGCGGGUUAUGGAUAUCCGCCUCAACAAGCUGGUUAUGGAUAUCCGCCUCAACAAGCGGGUUAUGGAUAUCCAGGAGUACAGAAACCGCAAAAGAAUAAAUUUGGAAUGGGAUUGGGAGCAGGGUUGCUUGGAGGUGCAUUAGGUGGGAUGUUGAUUGGAGAUAUGGUUUCUGAUGCUUCUUCUUAUGAUGCUGGAUAUGAUGCUGGAUUUGAUGAUGGUGGUUUUGAUUUUUAAUUUAUGUUUUUUUUUUAUGGAUUUUACUUUUGCUUUUUAUUUUGAGGAUGCUAUUUGGCGUUUGAUAUUGAACCUAACAUGAAUUUGUAUUUAGCUUAUGUUAUAUACAUAAUAUAUAAUUUUUAUGUUUGUGAUAUCUAAUUUUGGUA